GAAUUUUAUACAUGUAUUGCUUACUCCUGUGAUGGCUUGAUUAUGUUAAGCUAAAUGCUUCUCAGAAAGAACUUACCUGAGUUAAAACCUUCUGAAGAACUCAAAUGUAGGAUGUGAACCUUUAUUUUACUAACAAGUUUACUCUCAGUUGUCUAGAAAUUACACUAAAUCAAUAAGUAAUUGAGAGCAAGCAUUGAGGCUAAUGAAAACCAAGUCUAAUAAUGUUUGUAAGAGGAAACUGUUCUUCCCGACACCAAACGUUAUUGUGAGAUCCUUACCCCUGAGUGUUUCAAAGGAUUCAGCCUAAAAAAAUCACAGAUUUUGUUUCAAGAGAAUUGAUCGCUCCUCAGACAAAAAGAGGAUGACGUGUUUUAGUGGCUUCUAACCUAAAGAUUUUACCACUGUGUAAAUCUUCAGUUAAAGUGGCAUGAGAGUUGAGCUUAAAUUUCAGAAAAAUUAGAAUCGCUUCAGAAUUAUUACAUUAUAGACACAUAGACUUUAAGGUCAGAAGGGACCUUUAUGAUCAUCUAGUCUGACCUCCUGCACAACGCAGGCCACAGAAUCUCACCCACCCACUCCUGUAACAACCCCCUAACCUAUGUCUGAGUUAUUGAAGUCCUCAAAUUGUGGUUUAAAGACCUCAAGGUGCAGAGAAUCCUCCAGCAAGGUGCAGAAAAUCCUCCAGCAAGUGACCCGUGCCCCACGCUGCAGAGGAAGGCGAAAACCCCCCAGUGCCUCUGCCAAUCUGCCCUGGAGGAAAAUUCCUUCCCGACCCCAAAUAUGGUGAUCAGCUAAACCCUGAGCAUGUGGGAAAGACUCACCAGCCAGACACCCAGGAAAUAAUUCUCUGUAGUAACUCAGAUCCCACCCAUCUAACAUCCCAUCACAGGCCAUUGGAAUCAAAGAUCAAUUAAUUGCCAAAAUAAGGCUAUCCGAUCAUCCCACCUCCUCCAUAAACUUAUCAAGCUUAGUAUUGAAGCCAGAUAUGUCUUUUGUCCCCACUACUCCUCUUGGAAGGCUGUUCAUCUAAUUUCAAGUCUAAACUUCCUAAUGUCCAGUUUAUAUCCACUUGUUCUUGUGUCCACAUUGGUACUGAGCUUAAAUAAUUCCUCUCCCUCCCUGAUAUUCAUCCCUCUGAUAUAUUUAUAAAGGGCAAAAUGUUUUGGAUUUAAUUUGUGCUAGUCUUAUGUGUGUAAGUGACAAAGGUUGGCAAUGAGUAUUACCUGAGCAGGGCACUUCUGAACAGUACUGACAUUCUUUAAGAAUGAAGUUGCAUUGUUUAAAUCUCCAAAUUCUACCAUAGAAUUGUUUGGUUGAACUCAUGUGAGCAAUCCCAUAAUUUCAUUGGCAUAUGAACUUGAUUGAACUAAAUAAGGAACUAUGUUUAAGGAUCUAUAGCUCCAUGCUGGUAGCAAAACCACUGAAUCAUAUUAUUAUAGAAGUAGGAUAAAAGCUGCCUUUGUAAUACAAUUUAUUCAAAGUCUUAUCAAAAUCUUAACCGAUUAGUUAUCGCUUGAAAAUUGUAACAAUCCCAUGAUGAGAUCAAUUUCUGAAGUUGUGAACAUCUUUAUUUUGCCUGUUCACUUUAAAAGCAAUUUUAGCUGAUAAAAACUCAUAAGUUUAUAAUAAUUCUCCAGUUUUUGUUUUAACUAAGGAACACAGAUCCAAAAAACAGUAAAACUUAGGAGCAGUAACUAGUUAAUUACUUUAUUUAACCAAUGUAUCUCUUGCCUUUCUCACACUUUGGACAUGCAAUUACUUCUAUUGAGUCUAUUGCGUUGUCUAUUGGCUCUGUAUCACAUACCUGCUGUUCUUUGUUAGCCGUGUCCCACAAAAAAGACAUAUAUUAUUGGGAAGCUUGAGGGGGAGAGAUCUGGGUAUUAGGUACACUUUAUUUGAUAAAAUAACUACUUGGAGAUUUCUUAACUUGUUCCAUCUCAGACACACAUGCUGAAAUCCUCUACAGGGUUUCUUUUACUCCUUCCCAUCUCCAUCCAUGUCCUGGACUCCUCUCUCUUUCCCCCUCUUCCACCUCUGUUGGAAGGGCUGUAGACAACUGCUUCACUGGUACAUGUGGUAACAAUGCUACUGAGUUAUGUCACAAAUCUUAUGAAAUAUAGCAGAUGAGGACAAAGCUACCAAAGAAAACUUGGGGGAAAAAAACAAAAUUCCUCUCCUUCCAUUCUAUUUUGCUGAAUUUGUUAUUGGACAAGAGGAAGAAAUGUAUGAAAUAGGGAAAUAUGAGCGAUAGAGAGAAUCAGUGACAGAAAUAAUAUGUGAACAAAAUUCCAGACACAAAAUUAAUUUGAAUGCAGCCUGGUUUCUCUGGAUGUUCACAUAGCCCUUAGAAAGCAGUGGGCUCCCGAGCUACUUGAAUAGCUCUGAUGUUUAGUGCCCAUUUACAUGGAUUCUGUACAGUUACAUAAUUCUUUUUAAAAAAAGUUUGUGUAUAACAAUACUAGAUACCUUGUACCAGUAAAUAAGCUGGAGAAAACAUCACACACCACUUUUUCCUGGGAACAAUAUUCUGGUCUCAUACCAGUCCCUAAACGUGCCAUUUUUAUGCUAUGAUUCAAUUGGCUCUUUUUGUUGUUCAUUUUGCUAUCACAUAGGGAACUGUUUUAUGUUGUAGUGAAACUUUUUUUCACAAAAGAUGACAGCAAAACAAGGGAAAUUAAAAUUAUGUUCUUUUAUCUGCAGAUUCUUGACAUAUAAGAGAAACCUUACCAAUGGAGCCAUCGGAAGAAUUUAUGUUCAAACAUAAAGGAUUUUAUUUCCUACCAGACUUGGCUAACCCUGAAUAUAUAGAUUCAUUGGAGCAUUUUGUAAUCCGAGACAGUGAUGUGUUUGUAGUUACUUUUCCAAAAUCAGGAACUGUGUGGAUGCAGAAUAUUUUGAGCUUGAUUUAUUAUGAAAGCCACCGGGAUGGAACAGCAAAAACUGAAACAAUUGACAGAGUUCCAUGGCUAGAGUACAAUUUCAAUAAAAUGGAUUAUGGCAGUCGUCCAUCACCGCGUCUCUUUUCUACUCACCUCCCUUACUAUUUAGCUCCAAGAGAUCUGAGAAACAAAGGAGCAAAAGUUAUUUAUGUAGCCAGAAACCCUAAGGAUGUUGCGGUUUCCUAUUUUCAUUUUAGCAAGCAUGCAUUCAUAUUUGAGAAAGUACCUGAUUUUAAUAUUUUAAUGGAGAGAUUUUUAUCUGGGAAAGUACUUGCUAGCUCGUGGUUUGAUCACAUCAGAGGCUGGUUCACCCACAGAGCUGAUUACAAUAUUCUUUUCCUUACUUAUGAGGAGAUGAAGAAGGAUCUCAGAAGUGCUGUGCUGAAAAUUUGUGACUUCUUAGGAAAACGGCUGACUGAAAAGGAGUUGGAUGUUGUUGUGGAGAAGGCUACAUUCAAUAACAUGAAAUCUGAUCCCAGGUCAAACUACGAGGACAAGACAUGUAUCUUGGAGAAAGGCAGAGACAAUUUUCUUCGCAGAGGGACCGUUGGAGACUGGAAGAACAUAAUGACUGUGGCACAAAGUGAAAAGUUCAACAAGGUUUUUAAUGAGAAAAUGAAAGACCUGCCCUUCAAGUUCCUCUGGGAUCUUAAUGAAGAAAUAUAGGCUGAUUUCCAGUUUGAAGAUGUGAAAGUGGACUGAAAAUCUUGUACAAAAUGUUCAAAUUAAAAUCCAUAGUUCUGUGCAAGUUCAA